AUGGCGGCGGUGGCUCCAUGGCUCUUCGAGAAGCGGGCCUUAAAAAGGCCCCGCUUAGGGCCACCCGACGUCUAUCCGCAAGACCCAAAGCAGAAAGAGGAUGAAAUCACCGCCACAAACGUCAAACAGGGCUAUUCGGCGAACCCGAUCCAAGAUGAAUGUGGCUCCGCGAGGAACUCGAAUAUUACAGCGGCGAAAUUCGGUGCCUUCUUCUCUGGAAUAUUGGCGAAAAAACAAGAAAUCAAUACUUUGAUAGACUCCGGUCGGAAGAAACAACAGAUCAACAUCAAAGAAUGCUUCUGGCCCGUCACCGCCAAAAGCAAGAGCUUGUUCGAGAACUGGUUCAAAGACUUGGCGGGCUCCAAACCGCUCACGUCAUUGUCGAAAAAAGUGCCGUUCUUCAAUAAGAAGGAGGAACUCUUCACAAUACUUUUCGAAUUCCAAGUGCCAACUGUGCGGGCGGCAUGGUUCGUCAAAAUGGCCAGUGUUUACACGGCGGCGAUAUCUGAGGCAAAGCUUAAAAAACGUCAGCUGCCCGAUCCGUCACAGGACUGGACGCAUUCUCUAUGCAAGUUCAUGAAAGAGCUUCUGCUUAGAAUGGUUGAACAGCAACAACCGCCCCAGGCAUCUCCAGCGGCCGGAAGUCAGGGAACCCCACCGCAACAACAGUCGCCGCCCGCACAGAGUCCGCCGACAGAUCAAACUCUUGUCAAGCACUGGCAGUAUCUCUGUCAACUGGCGAGCCAUUGUUAUCAAGACGGUCUACUGGAUCAGCAAGACUUUCUAGUCUGGUCGCUGGAGCUCGUGGAAAGGACGAAGGGGCCCGACGAUCCCACCCUAAGGAUAACGUUGCCUCUGAUCAUGCAAUAUUCUACCGACUUUGCGAAGAACGAGAUGCUCUCUCGUAGAUUGAUUUACCAAUGCUGUAAAAAAGUUGCGCAGCUCGUUACGGACUUCACGCCGAAAGAUGUGGGAUCCGUGCCAAAAGUCAAGGAGAAUAACUCGAACACCGAACAGGAACUUAGCCCCCUAUCUCAAGCUUUCGUUGAGAUCAUGAGCUGCUCCUACCAUCGGAACACAUUCCUCAAUAUCUGUGCCCUCAUACAGAUGGUGACUCUUGACUGUCCGAGUGCGCUCGUGUUCAACCAGACCGUUCCUGAUGGGGUUCCAAAAGAAGAUGUUUCUUCGAGACGGAUGCUCAACGGGAGCCCGUUAGACAUCCUACCUUGUUCUCCCUCUCAGCUCCCUAUAGUUCCGGACAGCCCGGAGAUCCGUAAAGAGCUCCGCGAGGCCGAAGAGAUGAUUGUCCAGAGGAGCCGAGCCUGCGAGAUGCGGUGGUCCUGCGAAAAAUGGCAAUCGACCGCCACUGGUGCGGUCAUGACGAAAGUCCUCGCCACUCUCGACGCCCUCGAUCGACAUUCUUUCGACCGUGUCGACAACAGCAACUCUUUCGAUACUCUCUACGUGAAAGUCUUCGCCGAAUGGCCGAAUCCGACACCUAGCCAUCACGAACAAGAAUCGGGGAAGAACAACUUCGUCCAGGAACUCGAACCGUUGGUAAAGCUGUUCUGCGAAUGGGCGGUAACCACGAAGAGGCGCGGUGAGCACCGAGCCCUCAUCGUGGCCAAAUUGUUGGAGCGCAAACAGCACGAGAUCAACCCUGCAAAAGACGACGACGAAGAAGAUUCAACCUCUCCUCCGAUUUUCCAAGAUCUCCUAGUGAAAUUCCUCGAUAAUCAAGCCCCGAUACUAGACGAGAAAGUGGAAGAAUCCCGACUCGCGUUCGCCAAUCUCGUUCUACUCUUCUCCGAAUUUAUCCGAUGGGACGUAUUUUCCCACGAUUUGUACAUGUGUACCCUGAUAUCCAGGGGAUACUUCGCUAACACGCCUGCGGUGGCAGCCAUCCAGACAACGACGGCGAUCUCUUCGGUUCCGCCACCGGGCGCUUGCUCCUCGAGAUCGGUGAACACGCCCCCGGCCUCGUCCCUGGGCUUUCUGGAGCCGAAUGUCGGACCGUCGCCGGGCAUAGGAUUCGCUGAUUCGCGAAACAAUGCGCCGAACAGUCAAGGCAGUCAAUUGCCUCUCUUCGAGCCCGGUGGUCAAGUGAAACAGGAAGAUGCUUGGGGAGGCAACGAGGGCCAAAUGGACAUGGACGAUACCAAUGUCGACGCAGACAUUGACAAAAUCGUGCAACGCAUCUCGCAAGGACAGCAGAGCGAUCAACCCGAACUCUUCUCCGACUCAGUGGGCUCGGAUCGAGAAGACGGUAAAGAAGGUUCAUCUCAUCUGAGCAGCAAACAGUUACGUCAUCUUCAGUACACGACGCAUUUCCCGCUGCCAACUUCGGAUCUCGAUGGUGCUUCGCACGAGAGCAACCAGCGUCACGUUCUCCUCUACGGCGUGGGGAAAUCGAGGGAGGAAGCGCGACAUGUGGUGAAAAAGGUCGCGAAGGACAUAAUGAAACUCUUCUCGAAGAAGGCCUGCAUGGAUAUAUCUGAGGGAGGAAAGAUCAAGAAGCACGCGAGGGAGUCAGUGUCCACUGAGGCAAUCGUUCAGCGCUUCCAAAGUCUCCCCUACAACGACCAACACGCGGUCGGCGCCUCUGUGGCUUGUCAGCUCCUUGAGAUCAUGAACGCUUUCUCUUCUGGAGCUUCGAAUUACCUCCCGUUGGCCGAAUACAUCUCAUUCCUCUUCAGCCUGAUGGAAAUGGCGCAGAACGUCAAUGGACUCCUCGAACUCUGCCUGCAGAUGCUCAAAGAAAUCUACGAUGUGGAGCUUCAGCUCAAGAGCAAAGCUUCCGCUCUAGCUGGAGUUUAUGUGCCGACAGUAACGAUGAAUAUCGUAGGCUUAUUGUAUCGAUACCAUUGCUGUCUUCUCGCUUCGCAAGAGCAGACAAUGCAGGCUUGUGAUUCGCUUUGUCGAUUGGUCGCCAAUAUCGAGGACAUGAACGAGUGCUCCAGCGCUAAACGAUGUACCUUGUGCUACGUGCACGAUCUCUACCAAUCGUGUAUCUUUCUCAAGCAGAAAUACGCCGAUUCCUUCCUUGGUUCUCUGUGUACGAAGAUCAAACAGACGCUUUACGCCCCUCAGACACCGAGCAUACUGCAGUUGGUUUGGAAACCCACGCAGUUUGCGGAACUCAUAGCGUGUCCGAAAAGCAGACCAGAGCCCGCCCAGAUCAGCCAGCUAAACGAAAAUCCCGCCGCGCGUUUCUCGUUCUUGUGCAAUGCUGUGAUCGCCAUCGCGAACUGUCGUGAUCUCGAGAGACUUAACGAUGUGUCUAUUUUGUGCGCUGAGAUGACCGCUGGCUGCUCACAGCUGCCCGCCGAAUGGCUGGGUGUACUGAAAGCGCUGUGCUGCUCCGCCAAUAAUACUUGUGGUUAUCCGGAGAUGCUGAGUAAGAUAAAUCUCUCGGACACUUCGAUCCAUGACAACAUAGCGGUAUUCGCGUCGAUACUUGUAGCACGCCGCUGUUUCAGUUUACAAGACUUUGUCGUGCAUGUGGCGAUUCCAUCGCUUCUGGCGGCCUCGCCGGUCUCUUCAGCGGCUCACGGCGAUGAGAACUCCGAAAAAGGAGCUCGGCUGACAUGCCACCUUCUUCUGCGACUUUUCCGCACAAUGGAGUCGAUUACCGGGGCCGUGCCCGUCGGCAAAUAUCUCAUAAAGACCGCAUGCGACCGGCACCUCCUCCUAGCAGCUCACAACAGUAUGCGCGUUGAGCCUGUACUCGCUGUCCUGAAAGCGAUACUCCUCCUGGGCGACACCGAAGUUAGUACGAUUAACCCGCAGCUCUUCGAAGACGCCGACACGCUCAUCAUUGCUGGCAAAGAACCUCUGGCAGCUUUCGCGAAAUUUGCUCUGGUUCAAAUCUGUUCUCAGCAGUGGGUUCAUGAGCGGUGCCUUCGAGAUCCAGACAUAUUGUGUACGCCCGACCUACUUCUCGAUCCUAUGUUGACCAAUCCUCAAGCGGAGAAACUUCUCGGACUCAUUUGCUAUCCGCAAAAAUCCAACGAACACCGACGCAGCGAUUCCAAUGCGGAUCAUCGUCAGCAGUUGGUGAAAAUCCUCUCGCACCUCGAUCAGUGGAGUUUACGAGUCUCUUGGCUUCAGCUCCAACUGAUGCACAUGCAAUGCCAGCAAAACUCGGCGCUCGACGUCAAUCACUGGCUCGAUAACGUCGCGCGAGCGAGCAUAGAUGUUUUCCAAUUGAGCGACAAUGCUCAGAACCUGCAGAUCGACGAAAAGAGGAAUACAACGGGCCAUUCGCCUGUGAAGAGGUCCCAACACGACACAGAAUUCGUGUGGUUCGUCGCUCCCUUGGUUUCGAAGCUCCAAGGCGUGCAGGGGAAAAUUCUCCGACAAGCCGGCCAUACCCUCGAGAGCGGUAACUGGACGGCUUACGCAGCGAAGAAAGACACCAAAGCAUGCAAAGGAGCUGCCCUUCUACACCAUCAGCCUUUCUUGUCGUUGAUGUUGUCCUGUCUCAAAGGCCAUGACGAACACAGGGAGAGUCUGUUGAAGUCGCUGACGAGUCAAAUCAACCAAGCUCUGAACACGACUCGUGACGACAAAACGAUUCUGGACGAUCUCAGAGCGCGCAAGAGUUUCCAUGAGGCGCUCCUGCUGAGACUGAGUCUUCUCGGCGGUAUGUUCGACAUGAUACAGCGAUCUACAGCCUACACGAUGGAUUGGGCUCUCAUCUUCAUCGAACUAAUCACGACCGGUCUCGUCGACUCACACUCUCACAAGGAACUCUUCUACACGGUCUUGGAUAUGCUCAGUACACUAAUCCAUACAUCGUACGAAGGAACUUUCUCCGAGGAUUCAAGGCGACAAUAUUUCGCUCUCAUCAAGAAAUUGAAGAAGGAAGUGAACGAAUCUUCUCAAAACGCCGACGUGCGAUUGGUGCUCCAGCUCCUGCCGUUCCCCAAGCGGCAGUGCACGGUCAUAACUUGCGAACCGAUGGGGUCUCUGAUCGAUACGAAAGGAAAUAAAAUUGCUGGCUUCGAUUCGAUCGACAAGAAGCAAGGUCUUCAAGUAGCUGAGAAACAGAAUAUAUCUCCGUGGGAUCUUCUCGAGGGUCAUAAGAACCCCGCGCCUUUGAUGUGGAAAUGGUUCGGUGCCGUCCGAGUCGAACGGAAGCCGACGCGGCAAGAAGAAACCUACUCCAGUCUGCUGUGGCACACUCAUAACAGUCUCAUUAAGUCGAGCGACUAUUUUCUCGAUCCACCCCAAAUACCGCAGGAAGAUCUGGACCCUCCUCCUUCGAUUUCUAUGCCUGCAAGCAAACCGAUGAGCAAUCAGUUGUCCAAUGUCAUGCAAAACAACAAUGGACCCACGGGACCUCAUGUUCCCAUUACAAACCAAAACCAAAACAAUUUGAUGAAUAAUUAUGGCGCCCAACAGCACAACAACGUCAUGAACACUCCGAUAAGUCAACAGAACGCAAUGGGUCCCCCCAUGAUGGGUCAAGGUGUACCCGGCGGGCCGCAUCAUGGGAUGAUGGACAUCAAACCUGUCAUGGCACAUCCCAAUCAUUCGAUGAUGGCGUCCAAUCCUAUACAAGCCGGGCAAUCGGGUCAGCCGCCACAGAUCGAGGGAAUGAGAGGACAAAUUCCAGGACCUCAGGGAACAAACAUGCCGCCCCACAUGGGCCCACAGCACAUCGGACCUCAAGGUCCGGGAAUGGUGCCGGGUGGACCCAUGGCGGCUCAGAAUACACGUGGGUGUGUACCGAUUGCGAAUCAGAUGGGUGUCGCAGGUCCCAUGAAUCUCGGAGGACCGGGUCAGAUGCCCAUGUCUCAGAUGGGACCAGGACCCAUGGGACCGGGACAACAGAUGCCACCGAUGCCGUCUCAAGGGAUGCCACCGAGUAUGAUGGCUCCUCAUCAAACGAUGAUAGGGCCAGCGGGUCAUAUGGGGCUUGCUGGCAGUAGCAGUCCAACGAGAGGAGCGAGGAAGCCGCGACAAGCUCGAAGACCAAGAAAACCGAAAGCGAGUCAAGCGCAACCGGUGGCUCAAGCUCAACCUGCUCCGACGGCCAUACAAGCUCCUCGUGGACAGAUGGCUUACGGAGACAUGUACCCUCCGCCGCAAGGACCUGGUCAAGCCCAACAGCAGACUUGGGCUUAUGGUAAUCCUCCCGUCGGUCAACAGGGACAACCGGGCCAGUACUACAAUCAAGGGCCUCAACCCUCUCAGCAAAUGCAACGCUUCGAAAGGCAGCCGACAGCCAUGUCACAAUCGAAGGCCGCUCUAUCCACCAUGCUCCGGCAACGUCACCCGCCUUCGCAGUCCGUUGCGCAGCCCGCGUACCAAGCGAACCAGCCGUAUCCCGGCGGCAUGCAAGGGAAUUCCUAUAUGAUGAACAGUCACAGAAUGCCGAUGAUGGGUGCUCAACAGAGACCCAUGGCUGCCCAACGGAUGCAGAAUCAAUUCAGCCAAGGUCCGCCCAAUCAAUUCGUUCAAGGACCUGGGCAGUUUGCUGAUCAAGGCGUUCCCCGACCACGCGGAGCACCUCCACCCAACAUGAUGGCGGGCCCGGGGGGCUUCGGGCAGCAGCAAGGGGGCCCCGGAAACUAUCAGACUGUGCCCAGUGGAUAUUCCCAUCAGCAGAAUCUCCAGAGAGCGCAGUAUCCUCUCGGUAAUCAGGGUAUCGGACCGCAAGGUCAGCAAGGGGGUCUGAUGUCCAACAGUUUCCAACAAAACCAGCAACAAAUGUCUAGGAAUCAAUCGCCUCAAUUCAUGCAGCAGCGGCCUCAACAACCCGAUAUGCAAGGUUUACAACGACCGCAGUAUCAAGGAUGA